GAGCAUGCCUUGGCUGAGCACAUUUUUUGGUGCAAUGUGGUGGACAAGGAAGUCUCCCACCUUCAGAAGACGGCGACGGCGGCACGAUCCGACGUUCCCCAGGCGGGAGGCAGCCGAAGAUUCAGCUCGCCCAGGGGGCAGAAGACCCAUGGGAGGCGAGAAAGGCGGACCUCUGGGUCCUUGCCGAGGAUCUCUGUCCGGGACUUGAACGCGAAGGGUUGGCCCUCCUUGAAUCCGAUGCCCUUGAGGUCCACGAGCUCGGCUCUCCGACCGAGCCCGCCCCCGCCAUCCUCCAGCUCGGCGUCGGCGACGCCAGCGUCGGCGUUGCUGCGAUGCAUGUCGGAGCCCAUGCUGAAGACACAAGGUGAGGCGAAGCCGCUGCCAACCAUCGCGACAGCGGCGAGGCCUCGAGGGCUUCGACAAGCAUGGAAGGAAAAACUAGAGAGUACAGAGGGGCAGGCCAGUGUGCAAAGGCAAGCAGUGGCUGGUCUGUCUCAGUAGACGCCCGUGUGCUUGUGUGUCCAGGAGCGUAGAAGUCCAUGUCGAACUAUCUUCUAUGCAGAUAGACAUUCGCUUUGAGAUACUUUAACCAU